AUGAUGCACAUGACUUUUUACUGGGGCAAAAAGGUGACCCUUUUGUUCGAUUUCUGGAAGACCGAUUCAUGGAUGAGCUACGCUUUGACCCUUCUGGCCUGUUUCAUCUUCUCUGUUUUUUAUCAAUACAUGGAAGAUCGCCGGGUUCGGUUCAAGCUUCUCCUGAAAACCAACCCAUCUCCUCAACCCGUUGUUGUUUCUUCCACGAUGACGGCGCCGCUUCUUUACAGUAAGGUGCAGAAAAGUCUGAGCAAUCCGGCGAGAUUUGCAGGGGCGAUCCUGUUUGGGGUCAACUCUGCAAUUGGGUAUCUUUUGAUGCUGGCAAUCAUGUCGUUUAACGGUGGGGUUUUUGUUGCUGUUGUAGCUGGGCUUGCUUUGGGAUACUUGAUCUUCAGGACUGCUGAUGAUGAUGUUCAGAUUGUUGUGGAUAAUCCUUGUGCUUGUGCUUAG